AGAAGGCAUUGCAUUUGCAACCCUGUAGCUGCCACUGCCUUUUCACUCACUCCUUUGGAGGAGAAGGAAGCGCCUUCAGAGCUGAGGGCAAGUUUGGCUUCCACCGCAGAGAAGAGGAAGAGCAGGAAAAAUAUUUCAAUGUGAAGCUAUUUAAGAGGGGGAGUUGGAGUUUCCCAGUCCUGUCGAGAAAAGAGCACCUUGUUUCCCUCGUUCCUCGUUCCUUUUCUAUCCCAGGACCUCUUGCAUCCAUCAGCACCAAGAGAGGUUUGGGAAGCUCUUAUUCAGACUAAGGCCUACUUAUAUUAUAGGGUGAAGAUGGAUGCUAUCACACCCACACAACUUCCCCUCCCAAAGCACAUUUUGGAUGUAUGGGUCAUUGUUCUGGUCAUCCUAGUCACCAUCAUCAUUAUGACAUCCCUUCUGUUGUGCCCAGCGACAGCUGUGAUCAUUUACAGAGUUCGGACACAUCCUAUACAAAAUGGAGCUGUGUGAAACUGGCGUCCUUCUGUCAGUGUUUGGUUUUCCAUUUGUGAAACAUGGACUUAAAGUAUAACAUGGAAAAUGAUCAAUGUCUCUACCUGUCUUCAGCAUUAGACAGACCUUUGAGGAGGCAACAAAAAGGCAUGCCAGCAUGACACUUACACAUGGACUGUGCACUCAUAAGAUGAGAUGUCUCCGGGUCAUAAAUAACUGCUACUUCACAUUGUGUCCCUAAAGCACUAAACUCAGGACUUAAUCCAUCUGUUAUGGAACCAACCAACCUGGUAUAGGAUUCCAGAUUGCCCCUGUUUUGAUGCUUAAUCAAAAUAUGAUUCUUGGAAAUCUGAUUCUUUGUGUUUACUGAGCAGACUGUUACGGAGAAUUAAGAUGAUGGCAGAACCAGAUGCCCAGAGAAGUAACGUGGAAUGUCUAAUAACAAAAUCCCUUUAAAUAAUUUCCAGAUGUGGUUGCCAUGUGAGCAACCUGCUUUGUCUGUUGUGAACAAAUUGCUAACUUCUUUGUAAAAGAAUCAUUGCAGGGGGCGGGGGGAGGGGGGGGGAGAGCAUUGAUUGUUCCCAGUUGGAGUAUUUGGUUGUUUUCUCCCAAGGUCUAAUGUAAACAGCUACAAAUAGCUAAAAAGGAAUUAGGAAGGAGAAAUGAGACUGAAGCAGAUAAGCACUCAUAUGUAAGCAAAAUAUUUGGUUUUGUUUUUAAAGAAAUGUUUUUUACAGAAAAGUAAUGCAAAAGCAGAGGGAAGUGAGAUUCUAUCAGAGUAAUUUUACAGACAAGGGUUUGUUUAUGAUGUGGCAAUGAUAAAAGAGAAAGUAAAAGUAUAGAUGGAUUGACUCAGUAAAGGAAGCUACAGCCCUGAGUUUGUAAGAGCAGGGCUGUUGAUGAGUAAUGCCUCUUCAAAGUCUCUUAUUCAUAGAUAAAUGUGUACACAAAUGAGAAUGCAUCUGGUUUGAGCACAGGGAUGUACAACUGUAGUUGUUGGGGGUCAGUCCCCCCCCCCCCAAGAAUCCACUGGGGGCUGUACAGUCUGCCAAAAGUGGGAGGGGGAAGACAAAUCCCAACAUGGCCAGAAGUCUGCUUGGGUUUUGAAAAAUUCACAUCAAACUCUUUACUGGGAAUGGGAGGUGCAACCUCUAUAAAAGGUGAUCUACCUCUCCUCAAAGCUUCAUUCCAAGAGAGGCAGUUCACUCUUUCCUUUUCCUCUUCAGCCAUAAAAUGUAUACUCUGGGCAGCCCAGAGGGGUGAAGGGUCACAAAAAUAGAAGGGGUGGUACAUAUUGCCCCAGGGCCACACUUUACUAUCUAGCAAUACUGUAAGCAGGGUAGAAGUGCUCACCCUAAUUGAAUCUAAUGAAAGGAUACUUGGAAUCAGCUUGUUGCAUUAAAAUUUGUAAUAGCUAUAAGCAGCGAUGAGAAGAUGUAGCUCUCAGAAUGUUGUUGGACUUCAAUUCCAAUCAUCCUUCAUCUCUACUUAAUUUUGGCUGAUGGUGGUUGCAUUCCAACAACAUAUGGAGGGCCACAUGUUUCUUUCUCCUCUUCUAUAGUCUUCAGUCUCCUUUGAAAAUGGAGCUGCAAUGACAGAGGUUCAUUAUUAGCCAAGACUCUACCUGUUACUCUACAACACAAGGCACUUCCUGAGGCACCCCAUCAAGGUGAGUUGUUAGGAGAUGCUGAGCCUUCCUAGUUCAUCUGUGUAAAGGGUAUGUAUUUUAGAUGCACUUCAGUCCGUGAAAAAUAGCCAUAGGAAAGGGAAACUAUGUAUAGUACACAUAACAGGAAUGUGGAUGGAUUUGCAGCAGAAAGUAUCAUGUUAACCUAUAAUAUUGUAUGAACCCACAUAAUAAACAGUUGUUAUUUUGGGCAAAUCUCUAA